GUGAAAGUGCAGAUGGCCUGGCAGCCCCAUUCUUUUGAGCUUCACAAGGGGCCCGGCAGAACCUUGUGGGAGCUGCACGGAAGCUUUACGUCAGAGGUGCCUUGCACUCUGACGGUCUGCUUCUUCUGCAGAGAGAGGAGCUCUCCCAACGACCAAAAGGUCCUUCUGACUUACGAGCCGGCGGAUGGCAAGGCGCCGACUGGGUGGACGCAGCAGUAUCCUGCUGGUAAGCACGACGUGCGGCUUGAGGGUCCCCGGUCCAUCGACGUUCAGCGGCAUCCGCUGGAGGUCUUCUGGAGGCUGAAGAAGAGCCUCCCGGACGUCCUCCCCAUCGUCUUCGCCUUGGAAGCCGGAGGUCGGCUGGUGAUUGCGAACGCGGGCGUGGCCUCGGUUGCCUCGACCAUCUUCGUGAGGGUGGCCUUGGGGACGCUCCUAGAGCGCUUUGGCCCCGUGAACGUUCAGUGCGGCUUAAUGUCCUUCGGGGCUUUUUGGGUGGCCAUGGCGGCCGCCAUUACGGCUCCAUGGAACUACACGCUGAUACGUUUCUUCAUAGGUUGCGCUGGCGCCACAUUCGUGACCAAUCAGUUCUGGUGCUCGCUGAUGUUUGCGCCCAACGUUGUCGGCACGGCCAACGCCACCGCAGCCGGUUGGGGCAACCUGGGAGGUGGCGUGACCCAGAUUUUCAUGAUGUCAGUACUUUUCAAUCCUAUGGUGGCCUCCGGAAUGGAGCCGAAUGUCGCUUGGCGUGUCUCCAUGGUGGUGCCAGCGGUCAUGUUCGUAGUUUGUGCCAUCUGCAUGAAGCUCAUGUGCUGGGAUAUGCCUACGGCACGCAACUACGAUCCGACCGUGACCGGCAAGACACAAAAGCCUUCGAUGUGGGACUAUGUCGAGGUGCUGCGCGACGUUCGUGUCGUGGUCAUGAUAUUCCAAUAUUCCGCAUGCUUCGGCACAGAGCUCGCAAUGAACAAUCAGUUGGCCACACAUUUUCGGACAUACUUCCAGAUGGAUGCAGGUGAUGCCAGCGCCCUGGCGGGUGCUUUCGGCCUGAUGAAUCUUUUCGCAAGAUCGCUGGGAGGCAUCAGCAGCGACAUUUGCUACAAGUACUUCGGCUUCCGCGGCCGCAUUUGGGCUCAGUUCCUGGCACUCUUUUUCGAAGCUAUCUUCCUUUUCAGCUUCAGCAAGGUGGACAAUUCCCAACCUUGGUAUGUGGCCUUGGCAGUCUUGGUUUGCUUCUCGCUCUUUGUGCAGAUGGCGGAGGGCACCUCCUACGGCAUCGUGCCUUUUAUGAACAGGAAGCAACUUGCCGUUGUGUCCGCGCUUGUGGGUGCCGGUGGAAAUCUCGGGGCAGUGAUUGCAGGCUUCUGCUUUUACAAGCCGAUCCAGGAUGCGCUGCUGCCUUUCCAGGUCCAUGCGGGCUAUGUAAUGUUUUGGGCGCUGCUGAGCCCCUGCUACUACUGGUCCGAGAUGGGUGGGAUGUUCCAUGGACCGGCACAGAGCUUCGAGAAGGGCAGGACCCAAAGCAGCGAGUCCGAGUCUUACACGGAGUCCGAGGCCACCAGCGAGAACUGCAUGUGA